CAGUAUCUCAGUUAAGGCGGUGGAAGACGUCGAUCAAGUCGAAGCCCUUUGUUAGGGCUUUCUAUCUACAGAUCACCGGCGGUAUUGGUGGUCAUCGUCGUGUCGGAGCAAUGGUUGAGAGAGAGGAGCGAGUUUCACUGGAACUCAGCGAAGAACUUAUACAGAGCAUGGAACCUGGCGCCGUUUUCAGAGACUAUAAUUGCAGGAUCAGCUCCAUUGACUUUCACAAAACUUCUACUUAUAUGGUGACUGCUAGCGACGAUGACUCAAUUCGUCUCUAUGAUGUUGCAACCGCUUCAUGUCUCAAGACAAUUAAUAGCAAAAAGUACGGUGUUGAUCUUGUUUGCUUCACUUCCCAUCCCACCACUGUCAUCUACUCUUCCAGAAACGGAUGGGACGACUCUCUGAGGCUUCUCUCUUUGCACGAUAACAAGUACUUGCGUUACUUCAAAGGACAUCAUGACAGAGUUGUUUCGCUUAGCUUGUGCUCUGGUGGUGAGUGCUUUAUCUCCGGUUCUCUUGAUCGAACUGUUUUGCUUUGGGAUCAAAGGGUCGAGAAAUGCCAGGGUCUCUUACGAGUCCAAGGAAGGCCUGCUGCAGCAUAUGAUGAUCAAGGGUUAGUUUUUGCAAUUGCCUUUGGUGGAUACAUAAGAAUGUUUGAUACCCGUAUGUACGAAAAGGGUCCUUUUGAAAUAUUUUCCGUUGGUGGUGAUCUUUCUGAGGCAAACGUUGUGAAAUUUAGUAAUGAUGGAAGGCUCAUGCUGCUCACUACCAUGGAUGGUUAUAUUCAUGUGCUUGAUUCGUUUCGUGGAACACUCCUAUCCACAUAUAGUGUGAAACCAGUAGCUGAAGCAUCGACAUUGGAUGCAACCUUCAGUCCUGAAGGGAUGUUUGUUGUUUCAGGUUCAGGGGAUGGUAGUACCCAUGCAUGGGGUGUAAGGAGUGGAAAACAGGUACAUAGUUGGAUGGGUAUAGGCAGUGGUGAUCCCCCGGUCAUAAAAUGGGCGCCGGGAAGUCCAAUGUUUGUGACAGGCUCUUCGGAGCUUUCAUUUGUAAUCCCGGACUUGUCAAAAUUGCCAGCUUACUCCAUAAGGAAAUAGGAGUGAAAGUGACGGUAUACGUCGGUCUUUACCAUAUGUAAAGGAGUCCUCAGUUAAGGCUUUGGUUGAGACUUGAGACUGUGUUGUUGGUGAAGCCAGUAACUUAUUCCUGAUUAUUUUUUUUUGUUUGUCUUUGUAUUCUAACAAGAUGCUCUUGUACCCUAAUUAAAGAUAGAUAAAUCCCCAAGGCU